AAUAGGAGCAGCUCAUGGCAACCCUUUUACAAAUGAGGGACUUGUAGUCUUUUUUGCUUCUGAUUGCUUUUGUUUGGUCUGUUUUUCUGCUUUCUCAUGUGGAGAAAGGGCUACUGCUUCUGGGCAUGGUUUCCUCAUAAGCCUGUGCUGGGAGAAGAGGGUUUCCACACAGGGAAAAGUUCUGGGUUUGUAGUCGUUGGUUCACCACAGGGUUAGUGCCAGUCAUCUCGCAGGGUCUGGGGAACUGACAAGGGAGCACUACGACCCCUGCAGCCUGGACAGCAGCACGCACACGUGUCUUUGCAGUUACCACUUCACAGGCAAGGCAGUCUACCAUCGGAGAGAAAGGCGAUGCAACAAGGAAAGAAUCCAGAGCGUGCAGCCUGGGUUCUAAUCUCAGUUCCUGACAUGCAAGAUUAAUUUGGGGCACGCCUUCUAAUCUUCACACUUAACGUCUUCAUCGGUAAAGCGACGUUCCUUGCAGUGUGUCUAAAGUGGACGGUGUAGACCGUAGAUCUGCUCUAAAGACCCAGGUUGCUGUGGAGGUUAAUGAAACUUUCCAACCUCUUUCUCCAUACUUUUCUUAAAAUCAAGACAGGGUGUCUCUGUGUAUCCCUGGCUGUCUUGGAACUCACUCUGUAGACCAGGCUGCCUGGAACUCAGAGAGAUGCACCUGCCUCUGCCUCCUGAGUUCUGGAAUUAAAGGUCCUUUCCCAUAACCUGUGCACGGUGCUGAAGGUUCCACACGACCCUGUUGCCCUUGAGGAGCACUUCCGGGAUGACGAUGAGGGGCCUGUCUCCAAUCAGGGCUACAUGCCAUAUUUAAACAAGUUCAUUUUGGAAAAGGUCCAAGACAACUUUGACAAGAUUGAAUUCAAUAGAAUGUGUUGGACCCUCUGUGUCAAGAAAAACCUCACAAAGAGUCCACUCCUUAUUACAGAAGAUGAUGCAUUCAAAGUGUGGGUCAUUUUCAACUUUUUGUCGGAGGACAAGUAUCCAUUAAUUAUUGUGCCAGAAGAGAUCGAAUACCUACUUAAGAAACUUACAGAAGCUAUGGGAGGAGGUUGGCAACAAGAGCAAUUUGAACAUUACAAAAUAAACUUUGAUGACAAUAAAGAUGGCCUGUCUGCCUGGGAACUUAUUGAACUAAUUGGAAAUGGACAGUUUAGCAAGGGCAUGGAUCGUCAGACAGUGUCUAUGGCCAUUAAUGAGGUCUUCAAUGAGCUUAUUUUAGAUGUAUUGAAACAGGGUUACAUGAUGAAGAAAGGCCACAAACGGAAAAACUGGACUGAGCGCUGGUUUGUAUUAAAACCCAACAUAAUUUCCUACUAUGUGAGCGAGGAUCUGAAAGAUAAGAAAGGAGACAUCAUGUUGGAUGAAAACUGCUGUGUGGAGUCUCUGCCUGACAAAGAUGGAAAGAAAUGUCUUUUUCUAAUAAAAUGCUUUGAUAAGACCUUUGAAAUCAGUGCCUCGGAUAAGAAGAAGAAACAAGAAUGGAUUCAGGCCAUCCAUUCUACCAUCCAUCUGUUGAAGCUGGGCAGCCCCCCACCACACAAGGAAGCCCGCCAGCGUCGGAAAGAGCUCCGAAGGAAGCUGCUGGCAGAGCAGGAGGAGCUGGAGCGGCAGAUGAAGGAGCUCCAAGCGGCCAAUGAAAACAAGCAGCAGGAGCUGGAGAGUGUGCGGAAGAAACUGGAGGAAGCAGCAUCUCGUGCCGCAGACGAGGAAAAGAAGCGCCUGCAGACUCAGGUAGAGCUACAGACCAGGUUCAGCACAGAGUUGGAGCGGGAGAAGCUGAUCAGACAGCAAAUGGAGGAGCAGGUUGCCCAGAAGUCCUCUGAACUGGAGCAGUAUCUGCAGCGAGUUCGGGAGCUGGAAGACAUGUACCUAAAGCUGCAGGAGGCACUGGAGGACGAGAGGCAGGCCCGGCAGGAUGAAGAGACUGUGCGCAAGCUUCAGGCCAGGCUGCUGGAGGAAGAGUCUUCUAAGAGGGCAGAGCUGGAAAAGUGGCACCUGGCACAGCAGCAGGCCAUUCAGACAACAGAGGCGGAGAAGCAGGAGUUGGAACAGCAGCGUGUCCUGAAGGAGCAGGCCCUGCAGGAGGCCAUGGCACAGCUGGAGCAGCUGGAGUUGGAGCGGAAGCAGGCCCUGGAGCAGUAUGAGGGAGUCAAAAGGAAGCUAGAGAUGGCAACAAAUACGACCAAGAGCUGGAAGGACAAAGUGGCCCAUCAUGAGGGAUUAAUACGCUUGAUAGAACCAGGUUCCAAGAACCCUCACCUGAUCACCAACUGGGGACCUGCAGCAUUCACGCAGGCAGAGCUCGAGGAGCGAGAGAAGAGCUGGAAAGAGAAGAAGACCACAGACUGACAGCUGUCCCAGCGGCCACCCCAGUCAGUCACAUCAGUGAGGAGUCGAGCUUCGUGCCUGGGACAGGGACACUGGCUUUGCUGCUUCUAGUCUCCCCUCAGGACUCCAGCAGGUUCCCUGUGAGGAGGAUGCCAUAUUUACCUUCUAGCGAGGUCUCAGCUCUCCUGAGCAAGAACAUAGGCACGGGUGUGGCUGGGGCCACUUUCACUGUCGCCUUCUGCAGCCCUUGCAGCCCCCAGUCUCAGCCCCUCCUUGGACAGGAGGUCAGCUGUCUCCUCACGCAGCACAUCCCCUCCACUGAUUGGCCAGUCUGCUUGCCUUUUCGUGUCAAGUGACACGGCAAGCCUUCGUGUUGGUGUCUGAUGGACAGGUCACCAGCCACUGCCCUUGUGGAUGGGAUCUGGCUGGUGACGCUUCCCAGCUUCAGCUGAGACACUUCCUUUCCUGACCACCACACACAGGGCUUUCGCCUCAUGGCAUUUUCUUUCCCUCUCCUCAAAGCAAAACAUACCCUGCCUCAGUGCCUCUUCUUAGUUCUUCAGGUGUUCUGUCCCCGGCUGCCUGUGGGAAUCCAUGGUGAUUGGAUAGUUUGGGAGGUUACGUGGGCACAGUGGAAGCUGACAGUAUGUGGGUCUGUCAGAUGUAAAGUGUCACAGGAUGAUGGCAGACCCUGUGGCUUUCUCUAGGACUGUAUCUCUCUCUGCUUCCCCUCCUAGGGUGACACAGGUCUUGGUUUCUGUGCUUCUCUCUGAGGACUGCUUUUAGCUAUAACCUGCUCUGAGCCCGAGACUAGUGCUUAUGAGGGUAAGCCUCAGCACAUCGCUGGGCUCUGUAACAGCAGUGACUCCAUGGACAGCCCAGAGGCUAACAUAUGAGCAGGAAGGGGAUCUGUGUGUUACAGAAAAGGUGGGAUUCAGUAGCAGAGCAGAGAACCCCAAGUGUCGGUCCAGCCUUGCCUUGGAGCAAGCAGUAAGGAGGCCAUUCUAGACAUGCGCAAGUCUAGAAUAGAUUCCAGUGUUCCUGGAUCUACAUAAGGACUGGAUAGAAUUCAUUAAUCUCUACCUUUUAUGAUUGGAAAACAUUUGCCAAUGGAAGUCUUAACAAUUUUUCUUAAGAUUUUGGGAUACUUAACAAAAGUAAUUUUAUUUAAUGUUUAUAGCUGCCUUCAUACAGUUUAGAUUUAUAUGCAAAGUAUCACCGUGUCAUGAACCUUCUUGGUUAGCAGAUAACUUGCGUGUAGGCUUGGGUCUGACCAUUCUCACCGUGUUUCCUUGCCAGUGCUGCUGGGAGUCAGACCAAGGGGACCAGAGUGCCCCUGUCUUGAUGAUAUCUCCUAGGGACCCAGUGGCCCUGGAGAGAAGAGGAAAAGAAGGUACUGGGUGGCAUGAAAUGUCUGGACGGAAGCAGGGGCCUGGGGUUCGGGAGAGACUGGGAUAAAGGAAUUGCUGGGUCCAGGCUGGCACAGCCUCCCUCCUUAAACCUGGACUAUCUUAAAGCACACCAGAGCGUGACCGUAGCUGCCACAGCCCUCCUUGUCUGGUCUGCGAGCCUGAAUGCUGCGUGCUCCCUCCUGCAGUGCUGUAUGGGCUAUGCAGAAGGUGUCUGCAGUCUAGCGUCUGUUACUGGUUGCCACACCGGCUUCAGUAGCACUGUGUCUGGGAAGUGAAAGUCCUUUUUAAACAGCGUGUAAGAGUGCACAGCUGUGGACUGUGCGACUCCCAUUUGGCCGAUGCUCUGAUGCUCGUGGGCCUCUCCUAAGACUCACGGUGCUCUCAGCUAAGUGCCUGUAGACCCCCUGCCUCAUCUCUGUAACAACGACAGGAAGCUUCGGGAAUGUCUGUGUUUCAUUGGAAUCAACCCUUCCCUCCAACUAGAGGCGAGAUUGUCUGUAGGAAUUGUGAGUGAAAAGCAUUUGAAAAUGUUUUGGAAUCUACUGUAUUGAGAAUGAACAAAAUAUUUAUAAUUUUAAAGUAUUCUUAUCUACAUGUACAAUGUAAUGUGCUCCACUUUUUAUUUUUUGCUAAUUUUUCUAAGAUAUUAAAAUGUUUUCUAUGGGA